AUGAGAUGGCGUUACAAGAAUACGAUCACGGUGCGGGCAUUCGUUUCGAGAAACGAUAAGCAAAUGUUAAAGAGAACGGUGUAUAAAAGGCAAUUGAGCUAUGCCUUAGCUUUUCCCGGGCAGGGGGUUAUCGAAAAUGGACUUCUUGCGAACUACAGUGAGUACAGGAGUAAAUUACAACGGACGUUAGACACUGUCGAUGCUUCGUUAAACGAGAGAUUUACUGAAAAUUUGUUUGACACAAACCCCGAUUUCAAUCGUGAGUGGCUAUUGAAGACUUCCAACGCACAACCCGCCAUCUUAGUUACCAGUUUCGUGAUAUGCAAACUAAUGAAUAAAAUAUUUGACCUUGAUAUAGUUCACAAUGCUUCUUACCUAUUAGGGCAUUCUUUGGGUGAAUACACUGCUCUUCUAUUGUCAGGUGUACUUGAUCUAGGUACAGCUGUUAAGUUAGUCCGGGAAAGAGGCUUAUUGAUGGAAAAGUUGAUAACUUCUGACGAGUAUGGAAUGCUUGCUCUAAUGUUCCGUUCAAAUAAUUUUGAUAGAAUUCUCGAUGAGGCCAGAAAUUAUAUUGCAAAUAUAAAUUCAUAUCAACAAAUUGUUCUUUCUGGGAAAAGGUCAGAUUUAGAAAAUGUUGUAUCGUCUAUGAACAAAAAAUCUAAGAUAGUUCUUAAGUCUGUUUUCCUUCCUGUCCGUAUCCCUUUCCAUAGUCCAAUGAUAAGACAAAUAGAGCCGGCAUUAACUGCUCUCCUACCUACUGCAAAUCGACCUUGCGUACCUAUAAUCUCAAACUUAUAUGGAGAGCCUUCAGUUGAAUGCUUACAGAACACUAUUGCAGUCAAUUCACGGCCAGUUCAGUGGGUAAAAUCAAUAGAAUAUCUUAUCAAAAAUGACACAGAUACCAUUAUUAACAUUGGUCCAGGAUCUUCUCUAGCUGGCUUCAGUUCAAAAUUCAAAAUUAACACCAUAAACAUUAAUUCUUUAGAUUCGAUACGAGCUUACGGAGACUUCAGACGUAAAAAGUAG